AUGGGCGCCCCCUCUUCCCCCUUUUCGGGAACCGCCCCGGCGGCCCCUGUGUUCCCAAAGGAAUGGGGCCCUUUGGAAGCCAUCCUGUUUUUCUGCUGGCUUGCGGGAAGGGCGGUCCAGCCCCGCCGCCUUUUUUGCGGGCCGGCCCCUUCCUGGGGUUUUUGCAUUUGGGAAAAUGGUUUUUUUUUUCCCUUUCUUGAAUUCUGGCGCCCGGCGGUUUCUGAAAAAGACCCGCCCGACCCAACCCUUUCCGCCCCCGAGCGGGAAACGGGUCAAAAGGGACUUCUCGGCGCCCCCAUUCCGUCAGUUCCCAGGGCGUUUCGGGUGGCAUGGCUCCCAGGGAAAUCGUGGUUUUUUUUUUUUCUUUUGUCCUAG